CCCAAACUCAUGCUUGAUCUAUAAGUACAGGACGAAACUCAAAUGGGUGCAGCAGUAUAACGUGAAAGAGUUUUAGCCCAUCUUUUACGUAUUCGACAAGUUGGUUCCCAGCUUCUUAAUAACUUGUUCGUUUUAGCAAAGCACAAAAUAUUGUUCCGAUCGAUAACUUUCAGAAGAACUAGCGAGUUUCCGUGCUAACAUUGAAGGUACUUUUGGCAGCUUAUUCCAGAUAGAGAAUAACAGGAAGCAAAAAGAAAAAAGAAAAACAAAACACGAGGAGCUAGCAUGACAUCUCACAGGAAAGUUUUCAACAUUUCAGGACCAACCCAUCUCACAGUUGUUGACUGGAGAAAUGCACAUCACCGAAGAACUGUCGCUGCCAGCUUGAUUCAAGGAGUCUACACUCUAGAAUAUGACCGCCUGCACCGACACGGACCUAAUGAAGCUCUUGCUCCGCCCUGGUGGAACUUCUUCAAUUUCAAUCUAGAUUGCGUUCUCGUGGAUGAUGUUGACUUGUCCAUAUUCGGUGCCGUUUAUAAAUACAAAUACCGAGACCCUUCCUCAAAAGUCCCAAACUAUGUUAUUGCCUUUCGUGGAGAAGCCCUCCGACAGGAUUCAAGGCCCGAGGCUGUCGAGUUAGCCUUCAAGUGUAUCAGUAACAAACUACAGCAGACCUCCCGCUUUCAACUUGCAAUGCAGCGUGUUGAGAAAAUUGUUGCUUCUCCUGGAGCUGGAAAUGUAUGGUUGGCUGGACAUUCUCUAGGGUCAGCCAUGGCAUUGCUUGUUGGAAAGAACAUGGUCAUCAAGAGGAAUUGUUUUCUUGAAACAUAUCUUUUCAAUCCGCCAUUCCCAUCUGUCCCCCUAGAGCUGAUCAAAGACGAGAAACUGAAGGGUGGACUCCGCUUUGCAGGCAAUGUUGUCAAGGUAGGCCUCGCCCUUGCUGCAGACGCUCGUAAGCCUCAAGAACAUGACCCUUUUGCUGCGCUAUCUCCAUGGAUUCCUCACCUGUUUGUGAACGCAGAUGAUGCUGUUUGCGCAGAGUAUAUUGGUUACUUUGAAAGUAGGAAGAAAUUGCAGGGCCUUGCAGAUGGAGAAAUCCAAAGGCUUGCAAUGCAGAAUCCUAUUAGGAAUCUGAUUAAAUGUGCUGCAUUUGGGAAGGACUUAGAAGAUACGUUGCAUCUCCUUCCUUCUGCAUAUCUCAAUGUUAUUAACGGUGGUCCAUCCAACAAUUUCAGGGAAGCUCAUAGAAUUCACCAAUGGUGGAAUCCCAAUUUUCGUUUCGAUAUCCAGCUGUAUCAAUAUCCCCAUGUGUUCCGGGGGAAGCAGCCCAAUAAAUUCGUGAACUAGAAUUAACAGAUCGCAACUAUUGCAGAUGGAAAACUGGAUAGUUCUCAUCAAAUAAGUUCUGUGAAACAAGUAUUUCUUCCAGUACUCCAGGGAAGAAGUGAAGAUCGAUGCCAAUAGGCAAGUGUACAAGUGUAUGUGUGUGAUUGUGUGUAUAACCUGUCUUGAAUAAAGUGGCCGUGUGUGGCUCAUGUGUGCUUGCUUGA